AUGUCAAAUUUGUUUCAAAUUUGGAGGUUAACAUUUUGUAUGAGUUAGUUUUAAAAAGCUGUAUUAAAUCGAAUUUUUGGAAAAUAAUAAUGGAAGUUUCGUAAUAUGUUUAUAAAAGUGUCUUCUUUGCAGUAGAGAAAACCGUUGGGAUAAAUCACUUUUAGUUUUUGAGAAAAAAAAAAUAAUAAUGGAAGUUCCGUAAUUUAUUUAUAAGCGUCUUCUUUGUAAUAAAGAAAACCGUUGGGAUGAAUCACUUAGUUUUUGAGAAAUAAAUUUGUGUCAAAUUUGGAGGUUAAGUUUUAUGGGAAAAGAAACCGUUUUAAAAAAUUUUCUUGAAAAAAAGCAUACAUAGACAGUUUUUAAAAACAGUUUGAGAACAUAUGCACGAUUUUAUAAAACGGAAGUCGGAAGUUAGAGGACGAUAUCGCCGGUGGCAUAACUUAUUAUAUCUAUCUUUUCCGUGUCAAAGUUGCGGAGAACUUUGAGAAACUUUCCGGCACACGUCGACUGACAAUGAGACUUUGCGGAUUCUUCGCUUACAAUAGCUGCUUUGGCCCCUUCUAAAAUAUAGUUUUGCUUACGGGCGAUGACACGAUCUCCCCGAUUUCGAGGACAUUCGCCCCAAAAAUGAAAUACGUUUACUAAAUUAUCUUACGGAUACAAUUUGUCAAAGUUUUUAAAAGAAUUCAAAAAUGUCAGAAAAAAGCGAUGACAAUGAAACAGACGUUAAAUCUCGCUCAAAGAUUUCUUCAGCCGAAUCAAAUGUCUCGGAUAAAUCUCGUAAUUUUAGUUUAUCUCAUCCCGGAAGUAGUCGAAGUUGUAGAAGCGGAAAAAGUAGUCGUUCAAGGUCACCGAUUUUGUAUAGUUCAAGUGAAAACGAAUCCAAAGAGAACGAAAUUGAUGAUUGGAAUUCAUUAAAUCGGCAAUAUCUCCAAAAACUCGAAGAUUACCAAAGAGAACAGAAAUGUUACGAAGAAGAAAUUAAUAAUUAUUGUAGAUUAAUUCACAGCGCCCCUUUAACAUUACAAAAAACUCAAAAUAAAGUGUGUAAUUUAAACGUUAUCGAUGAAAUCGACGAAGAAAAUGAAGAAGUUUAUUUGUCAGAUUCGAUUAAUAAAGAAUCAAUUUUUUUAAGUGAAGAUGAAAUUUUAAUAACACCAAGACAAAAAGAAGUGCCGCCGAAAAAGAUAUGCAUUCGCCCGAACACUCCGGUUAUAUUCACAAAAAAUGUGUUAUCACCACAAAGAAAUGUUUCAACAGAUUCAAUUGAAAAACACGAAUCACAACCGAAUCAAAGGGUAAAUAUAGGAACGAAAACUUUUAUUAUUCGCAACACAAAUGACGCUGAAAAGCGAUCAAUUUGUACGCAAGUUGAGAAUUCAACAUCUUUACCGCACUCGGUCGAUGAAGAUUCUUCAUCUAACGUGACUUUAGAGCCGAAUAUUGUCGUUUUAAAUAAAUCACCUUGCAAAAAUCUCAAAAAUUGUAAUAGUCCUAAAGGGGAUGCUCCGGAUUCUAACAAAACGAAGGGCAAAAUAAAAAAUAAAAAGAAAAAUUUGACGAAAAAGAAGAGAUCGUGGAGGGUUAAGAAGAAUGCGGUCGAUUGUAGGAAAAGUAACAGUUCAUCAGAGAUUUCGCUAAAUUCACCAAAAAACUUGAACGUUUUUCUCACCCAACCAAUUCAAGAUAAAAAUCGUUUACAAUUUUCAAUCUCAAACGAUAACCUUAAAACGAACACCCCGGUAUCAUCGAAAAACUCUCAAGACAUCGAAUUAAAACGGGAUGAUUAUUUAAAUAAAGAGUAUUGUAAAGAGAUAUUGGGCGAUUUCCGGUUAGGAGAGGAAAUCGCGAUAAAUUUCAAUGAUCUCGAUUUAAAUGAAGACACGUUUAAAAUGAAAGGAUUGGAAUUGAUAAAAACGCCGGGUUUGUUGGUGUUAAAACCUAUUGGUAUUCAAAACGAGAUGGUUUCAGGAAACGAAACAAACGGAGAAAACAAAAUUAAACCAUUGGUGGAGUCGAGAAGACAUCAGAACGUUGAUAUGGAAUUUUACGAUGUCUCCAACAUCUCCACCGUCACUUCCCCGAGGGUGUCUUUACGGUGGAAUGAGAUUUUUACUCCCAAUCUUAAACUCGAUUGUAAGGAUAAUGAAGAUUUAGGUUGUAUUUGUUUAAAAUGUUUUAAGAAAAAAAAAUAAAUAAUUAAAAAACA